GAUAAAAGAAGAAGAAGAAGAUGAAGAAAAGUAGUACAAUUUCAUAGCACCCAAAGCUACAACGAAGAAAGAAGCACAUUAAAGGUUUUUAGAGAGAGAAAAUCAGAAAGAGAAACACCCCACAGUUUCUUUUGUUUUCUUUAGUACACAAUAGAAAACCCCCCAUGUAAAUUGUAAUCAAAAGCAAGAGAAUGAUAAUUAAAACAAGGAAAAAAGAGGGUCUUCCAUGUCUGGCUACUACUACCUUUCUUCCUUUUUCUAUAGCUUCUUAUAACUCAGCUUUUUGAAGGGUUCUUUGCAGAAUUCGGGAUUUGGAAGCUCCCCAUUUAAGAUAGAAGGAUCGACAUUUUGAUAAUACGGGGUCGGGGUUGCUGAUAUUUAGUUAUUGUAUUUCUUCCCAUGCUGCAGUAUGGGAAAGAGGGGAAGUUGGUUUUCUGCAAUUAAAAGAGUUUUCUUACCACAUUCCAAGGAAAAGCUAAGUAAUGAAUGGGAUAAAAUAAGUGAUAAAGACAAGAAGAAAAGCCUAGGAAAACAAAGGCAUGGAGAAACCAACUCCUUCCUUCCACUAUUCAGAAAGCCCAGCAGUAUCGAGAAAAUUCUGGGGGAGGCUGAACGAGAGCAUAACCUGAUAUUCAGGCCUCCUUCACCUCCGGAGCAGCCAACAACACCGCCUUUUGUGCCUCACAGACCUGCUUCUCCAAUGGUUCCUUCUCCGAGGAUUGCCUCUCCUAGGGUUGCUUCUCCUAGGGCAGCUUCUCCGAGAACUGGUUCUCCACCUCCACCCCCACGAGCUGCUUCUCCACGUGUUGCUUCUCCAAAAGCCGCUCCUCCUAGGACUGUUCGUCCUCGACCAGAACCGACUUUAAGGAACCAGCACGCUUCAGCAACUCAAAUCCAAGCAGCCUAUAGAGGUUAUAAGGCAAGGAGAAGUUUUAGAGCUUUGAAAGGCCUAGUGAGGCUUCAAGGAGUGGUGAGAGGUCAAAAUGUGAGACGCCAAACUACAAAUGCCAUGAAACAUAUGCAGCUUUCGGUGCGAGUUCAGUCUCAGAUUCAGUCACGCAGGAUCCAGAUGUUUGAAAACCAAGCACGGGCUCAAUUUAAGAACGAUAAGGAAGCCGAGAGGACCUUGGGCAAAUGGAUAAGCCAAGCAUCCGAGGCAGGCAACGAAAACUGGGAUGACAGCGUGAUAACAAAAGAGGAAAGAGAAGAAAGAAAGCGGAGAAAAGCAGAGGCAGCCGUUAAGAGAAAAAGGGCCAUGGCAUAUGCAUAUUCGAACCAGCUAUGGAGAGCUGCUUCAAACUCAGGUCACACAGGUGUUUCAGGCCUUUCUAGCGGAUUUCCAUGGUGGUGGAACCGGUUGGAUCGUCACCUACCUCCAGCCAUUGUUGCUGAAAGCCAAGGCAUGAAGAGUUUUCAACUAACACCACCAACGCCAAAUACCGAACUGAAGCCUGGUUCAAGGCCGCCAUCAAGCAGCAGCAAGCAAAGGCAGUUCACCUACGACAACAUUACCGAAACUCCCACACCAAAAUCCGCAACACUCCCUACACCAAGACUGAAACGAACACCGCCUUCAAGUUCUAGCAAAAACCAAUACUCAAGGUCAAGGGCUACCAGAACCACUUCACCUUUUGACAUGCACAUUAAGGACGACGAUAGCCUCAUGAGCUGCCCACCAUUUUCAAUUCCCAACUACAUGAAUCCAACCGUUUCAACAAAAGUCAAAGCCAGAGCCAUUAGUAAUCCAAAAGAGAGAUACGUAGGAACUCCCCGUAGUGAGUCGAAUAGGAGGCUUUCAUACCCUUUUUCACAAGGGAUCAGAUCAUUCAGAUCAAACAAAGGGUCUGUAAGCAACAUGAGUGUUGAUUCAACACUUUCUACUCCAACUAAUGCCACUGAUGGAAGGAAGCCAUUUAACAGAUUUGUGUGAUUCAUUUUCUCUGAUUCUUAACCUUUGAUUACUUAUGUAU